AUGCUUGGAUGCUCCGCCCAUACUCUGGUCCAAUGGCUUGUCUGGCAUGAAGCAACAAAGACGCACUACAGAGCAUUCAUAGCAGCAGCAGAGGGGUUGGAGACCACUCGCGCUGAGCUGGAGGGAGUCAGCUGCCACCUGGACGCACUGGCCUCGGAUCUGCCCGCCCUCACAUCGGCCUGCGACACCUUCACGCAGAGCGCUGCGCAGUUUGCGAGCAAGCGCGCCGAAAACAAGCAGCUCCUCAAGCAGCACCCGGUGCUCCUAGAGCUUUUGGAGGUGCCGCAGCUGAUGGAUGCAUGCGUGCGCAAUGGCAGCUACGAUGAUGCUCUCGACCUGCGAGCCUUCGUCGCAAAGAUGGCCCUCCUGCACGCCGACCUCAAGAUAGUGCAGCAGCUGGUGGCAGAGGUGGAGGCUGCCAGCGAGGCGAUGCUGGCGGGGCUAAUGGCGAAGCUGCGCGGGCCCAUCCAGCUGCCCGAGUUCCUGCAGUGCCGCGAGGAGUGGCUGGCGGAGCUUGUGCGCGAGUUGGACGACUCCAACGUGUACGAGUAUGUCAAGCGGCUGACGGAUGUGCACCGGCUGCAGCUCUUCGACGUGGUCAUGCAGUUCCGCGCCAUCUUCAGCGAUGACUCAUCGCCCCAGGAGACCGUGGCCUCUGCCGGCGCUCAGGGGGCAGCCGACCCCAGCGAUGGCGGCGCCGUCUACAGCUGGGCCCAGCACCGCCUGGUGUUCUACCUGGAGACGUUGACGGGGGUGUUGCCGCGCAUCGGUGAGGGGGGCAGCCUGGCGAGCGUGCUGGAGCACUGCAUGUACUGCGGCAUGAGCCUGGGCCGAGUGGGGCUCGACUUCCGCGGCCUCCUCGUGCCCCUCUUUGAGGCCCAGGUCCUGCGCCUUUACGCCAACUCUGUCAAGGCGGCGACGGACAUGUUUGUAAUGCUGCUGGAUGUGCACAAGUGGGUGGCCAUGCCAGCUGUCGCCGCCAGGGCGCGCCAGGCUGGCAGCACAGCAGACGCCUCCACCCCCAAAGGAGAGGAGAAUGCAGGGCCCCCCUAUGCACUGCUGGAGCAUGCACCACUGGCGGUCCUGACAAACGGCCUCUUGGCCGCAUUCAAUGAGCUGCGACACUGCGCGCCGCUGUCGCUGUGCAACUCAGAGGCGUUGGAGGGAGCAGUGCGCGUGAUGGCGCACUACAGGGCGACUCGAGCGCUGGAGGACAGUUAUUCGGAGCAUUUUGAGGCGGCCUGCGCGGCCAUGACCGGCAGUGUCGUGCCCUACAUAGCCGCCUGCUUUUCGCGCAUCUAUCCCGGCCAGGGGAAGUCAAUCGAUGUCCGCGACAUCAUAACUCCCCUCAUUGCGGCAAUAUGGGGAGGUUCGAAUUUCUCACAGUUGUACUUCACAGUCAACAACUCCAGAUUCCUGUAUGGAGACUUCAUCAACCAGUGUCUUACAUUCCUCAUCAUCUGUGCGGUGGUCUACUUCAUCAUAGUGGUUCCUCCCAAGGCUCCAAAGGUGAAGUGCCCAGAGUGCUUGGAGGAGAUCAUCAAGGGGGCAAUCAGAUGCAAAUGGUGCACUUCCCACAUCGACCCUGCAGAUGCACUGCCGGUGCCGAAUCAGAAGGAGGUACCAGUGAAACCUGGUGAUCCGGCGCCGGUGCCGGCCGAGCGCCAAGCAGCUGCCGAGAAGCCGACGCCAGCUGCCACGCCGACUGCGGCAGCUGCUGUGAUGGCGGAGGAGAAAGUGAGCACCGUCGAGGCACCCCCCAAGCCGGGAUUCCUGAAGAAAACCAGGACAUCUGGCACCAAGGUCCUCACAGGUUUCCGAGACUUCAUCUUACGCGGCAAUGUCGUGGACCUGGCCGUUGCAAUCGUUGUCGGCACGGCCUUCACAGCUGUCGUCAAGGCGCUGGUCUCGGACCUAAUCACCCCGCUGAUAGCAGCGAUCUGGGGCGGUUCCUACUUUGGAGACCUCUAUUUCACAAUCAAUUACUCCAAGUUCCUGUAUGGUGACUUCCUCAACCAGGUCCUUACUUUCAUCAUCAUAUGCCUUGUGGUCUACUUCAUCAUCGUGCUCCCCAUGAAUGCAGCGCUGAACCGGCUGUAUCCCAAGGCGCCAAAGGUGAAGUGCCCCGAGUGCCUGGAGGAGAUCAUCAAGGGGGCCACCCGAUGCAAGUGGUGCACUACGCAAAUCCAUCCUGCUGCAACUCUGCCAGUGCCUAAUCAGGACGAGGUAGCAGUGAAGGUAGGAGAGACUCCCCCGGUGCCAGCGGAGAGGCAGGCAGCGGCUAACAAGCCAAUCCCAAACGAUGAGAAGGUGUGA